AUGUCUCCCACGAAGGGUCAAUUGGCUUCGGCCGUUGAGACCAAGAUCAAGGCGCCCGUCCAACCCAUCAGCAUCCUCGACACUCCCGCCGCUUCCGCGAUCUCGCUCGCCCGACCCGUCGUUCUCAUCGGGCUUCUCGCGUUGCGAUUUAAUGCCCUGAUCAGCGAUCCCGUUUCUACACUGCAGACUGCUCUCCCUGUUGUUGCCGCUAUACAAGUCGGCUAUGCUCUGUUAUGCCUUCCCGCGUUAGGGUCGCAUCACGUCAAGGGCGCAAGGAAGAAUCGCCCAGGCGAACGAAAGAAGGCAUCGGACACUUCAGGUCCCAAUUCCAUCUUUACCGCGAUUUUCGCUCUGCUUCUCAGCACGAUCUCCAGCGGGGCCGUCUACGGGCUUUUUAUUCUGUUCGGAGCGCCCUUCCUCGACAAUACAUAUCAUACUCUAUACUGCGCCGCACAUUUCUCCCUUCUCGCCCUCUUUCCUGUCUUCUAUGUUCGCGGAGUGGAUGGGCAGGCUUUUGUUGCGCUGGCUGGAGCUUACGCGCCUCUGGAUGAAACGUCUGGCGGGCUUCUGGGCGCCCUGCUCGGCGCAUGGCUUGGCGCUGUCCCCAUCCCCCUCGAUUGGGACCGGGAGUGGCAGAAAUGGCCCGUCACCAUUGUUGUUGGCAUGUAUCUUGGAUACGGGAUCGGAUCCAAGCUGGUCGGUACUGUCUUCUUCGGCAAGCAGCUGUCUGUGACGCAGCCCGAGAGCGAAGAGUAA